GGUCCCAUUUUGAUUUUCCAUUUUCCCCUUCAUCUUCAACCUAAACAAUUUUUUCCUGUAAACACAUCAAGAACCUGCUGCAUUUUCCAAAUUCCAAACACUCCUUAACAAAUCUUCCCACCAACAAAAGAUGCAGAGAAUUUUCUCUUCCAGAGUUGCUUCAUCAAUUUUCACCAAAAGGUUCACAGCCAGCACCAGCUCUCACCAUUACAAACCCUUCACUUCACUCGCCAAACCAACACAAAGCCAGUAUCCAACCAACUUGCUAUCCUCUACUUUCACACGCUCUUUUCAUAAUUUUCUAUCGACGCGGGCGCAACACAGUUUUCCAGGGAAAAAUCAUCAUUGCCUGUGGAAUCCAGUGCUUGCGAAGCAGUUGAUCUUGAAUUUCUCGAGUACCCAGACGAGAUUAUCGAGUCAAAGUCUCGUGGGCAGCAGACUAUGGUUCCUCGGAGCUCAGUUUCCUAAACGGAGAUUCGAAUUUGAUUCAGGUUUUGGGUUUCAAAGACGUGGUGGCUGGAGAAGAUGGUUUCAGCGCCUAUCUGCUGGUGACGUGGUUUUGGGCUUCAUAAUAACUAAUGUUGCCAUUUUUUUGCUGUGGCGGGUGGCGGAUCAGAGAUUUAUGAUGAAUAACUUUACAGUUUCAUUAGACAAUUUUAGAAGUGGACGCUUGCACACAUUGAUAACUUCUGCAUUCAGUCACAUUGAUGGAGAGCAUAUCAUAUCUAACAUGAUUGGGCUCUAUUUCUUCGGAAUGAAUAUUGGAAGAGCUUUUGGUCCUGAAUAUUUGUUGAAGUUAUAUCUAGCUGGGGCUAUCGGUGGCUCAGUUUUCUACUUGAUUCAUCAUGCCCUUAUGGCUUCUUCGUCCAAGGGCCAAGGAAUGUUUAUGAUGGACCCUUCAAGGAUUCCAGGCUUGGGUGCAAGUGGGGCUGUUAAUGCUAUUAUGUUGCUUGAUAUAUUCCUGAAUCCAAGGGCUACUCUAUAUUUUGAUUUUAUAAUACCAGUUCCUGCCAUUCUACUGGGAAUAUUUCUCAUUGGGAAGGAUAUGCUGAGGAUUCUAGAGGGUAAUACUCACAUUUCGGGAUCAGCUCACUUCGGGGGUGUUGCAGUUGCAGCUAUAGCAUGGGCUCGGAUUAGGCGGGGACGCUUCUGAAUUCUUAUUGGAUUACAGAACUAAUUUGAGCAUAUCUCAAUCAAUCGCUGGUUCAAUUUCGCAGGUCUUUGUUACUUUUUUUUUUUGGAUUAUCUGAUCAUAACUGGUGGUGAUAGGUUCAUACAAUUACUUUUUCUUCAUUAGGUUGAACUCUCCUUGCAGCAAGCCGAUAACUAACAAUAUAAGUACUUAUCAAGAGAACAAAUAUGCCACUAAUUCCGUGUUCUCGUCCUUAAUGAAAGAUAAAGAAAAACAAUUAAUUUGAAUUCAA